AUGGAGUAUUAUUGUUGGGCGACGGCCGGCGAUGAUCGAGGCGUUGAGGCGGCAAUGAGAGUCGGCGAUCGAGGCGUUGAGGUGGACAUGGCCAGCGGCGAUCGAGUCGUUGAAACGGCAACGGCGUUCAGUGAUCGAGGAAAGGCUCUGAUUCCACCAGAGUGGCGAAACGAUGAUUGGAUCGACGAUAUGCUGAGUUCAGAUCGAGUGAUGAGUUAUCUCGUUGAGGAUUCUAGCUUGAUAAAUGUGGAAUGUAGUGGUAGCAAAUCUAUCGAACAGUCUUACUGUGCCAGCAAAUCAACGCAAGGUCACAGUUUUGUUGUUGAUCCGCUGCAAUCAGAGGUGGUGAAAGAUGACACGGUUCCUAUUGAAUCUCGGAAAGGAAGGUUGCCUGGGUACAUGCACCCAGAUGUCCUUGAUUACCACAAGAAGCGACAUGGUCAUUUUCCUACCUGCACCAAAGAUGGUGAUGUUGUAAAGGAGGUGAAAGAUUAG